AUGUUUACGCACGGAUUGGUCGCGUAACAUAAAACGUAAUUUAUUGUAUAAAAAUUUACUUUCUUUGUCGUACAGAAGCAACAUAAUUGCAUUGCAAAAAAUGUUUUACAAUUUGUAUCAAAUUCAAGGUCAGAUCGUCUGUCUAGCGUGCUUGUCAAAAAAUGAUGAGAAACCUAAACAUCUAAAUUGUCAAGUCAUCACAAAAGAAAAGACGCGAACGUUCAGUGGCGCGAAGUGAAAGCACGUUUGGAAGUGACUCAUCGGUAGCCGGAACAAGUGUACCUUUUUGAUUGAAACAAGGAAACGCAUUCUACACACGAAGCCAUCACAAUGGAGUUUCCGAAUUUGGGCAAACACUGCUCGGAGCAGUUUUGCAACAAGUUAGACUUUCUGCCUAUGAAAUGCGAUGCCUGUGGUGCCAUAUUUUGCUCCGAUCACUUCAGCUACAAGGACCAUGCGUGCCCUUCGGCCUACAAGAAAGAUGUGCAGGUUCCUAUCUGUCCACUGUGCGGUGAUCCAGUACCGACUCCCCGCGACGUAUCGCCCGACGUGACGGUGGGAGCGCACAUAGAUCGGUUCUGUAAAUCGGACCGCAAGAAAAUAUACACCAACCGUUGCUCGUACCGGAACUGCAAGAAAAAGGAACUAAUCCCCGUGAACUGUAGCGUGUGUCGGUUAAACUUUUGCCUAAAGCAUCGUCACACGACCGAUCAUGACUGUGCAGGACCGGCAGCAGGUCAACGGAAUCUCGUAGCAACGGCCGCCAUUCAGCGACAAACCACUAUCAGCAAACCAGUGUCAUCUGGACCAUUUGCCGCCUUUCGCCCUAGUGUUGCAAGCAGUAGCAACGCCGUCAGAGGCAGUGCCGUCACAUCUACCACUGCAAACGAACAUAUUGCUAUCGUUCAGGGUGGAAUGUCGGAGGAUGAGGCUCUGGCGCGUGCGAUUGCGUUAUCCAUGCAGGAAGAAGACCAACAGGAACAAUUGCGCCAAAGUCAACAAGGUCGUAAUCCCUCCAAUGCCUCACGUAGAAUCGCUGUCGGCCAUGGCAGCGGGGCCACCAAGGACAGAUGCAAUCUUUCGUGAGAUCGCACCCGGUCUGUGACCAUCAUUCCAUCUACGCCAGCGAACAACGACAAUCAAAGUGCGGAGUCGAGGGCAACCAAUGCGAAGAAGAAUGUAAAAGACAAACAGUUUUUGCUGUGCGAUUUGUUGUUAGCAUGUUUCGUUUCGGGUCAACUUUUUAAAACACGCUCGCUUGCAUACCUUUACUGCCAGUUAGCAGCUACCACCACCAAAUGAUGUUUCCACGUUGUCAAGUUUUCAUUCACGAAUACAAUUAUAUUUAUGCAUAUUUAAA